AUGGUGGAGGAUUUGAAGGGGAAAAUCCGUGUUUUCUGUCGUAUACGACCUUUGAGUAAAUCUGAGCUAGCUCGCAGAAGCCAGUGCAUUGUUCAUUUUCCUGAUGAAUACACAGUUAUCAUCAAAAGUAGUCGUGGUGCAAAGGAGUUCCAAUUUGAUCAAGUUUUCAACUGUUCCACAUCACAGGAAGAAAUCUUCAGGGAUACAAACAGGCUAAUUCAAUCAGCUGUAGAUGGCUACAAUGUGUGCAUCUUUGCAUAUGGUCAGACGGGCUCUGGAAAAACGUUCACAAUGAUUGGAGAGAAGGAACAGGCAAAUCCAGGAAUAAUUCCCAAAGCAUUCAAGAGAAUAUUUCAAAUUAUAGAUGAAAACCAAACAAAAUUUACAUUUAAGGUCUUGGCCUAUAUGCUGGAGUUGUAUAAUGAUCAACUUUUGGACCUUUUUAUCAACCGUUGUGAAGGUUCCACAACAAAGCUUGAAAUAAGAAAGGACAAAAAAGGAUUUGUAUACAUCCACGGAGCAGAAAUAAAGGAGGUCACCAAUGCUGAAAUGCUCUGUGCAUUGUUUGAGCAGGGUUGCAAAAAUCGUCACACAGCAGCCACAAAAAUGAAUACUGAAAGCUCACGUUCCCAUCUGAUUGUUGGAGUGACUAUAAAAAGCACAAAUCUCACCAAUGGAACUGUAACUUACGGAAAGCUCAGUAUGGUCGAUUUAGCAGGAAGUGAGAGAGCAUCAAAAACUGGAGCAGAAGAUGAACAGUUGAAGGAAGCCAAUUCCGUCAACAAGUCUCUGAGUUCUUUGGGUGAUGUUAUCUCAGCCCUCUCCGCAGAACAAUCUUUCAUCCCAUACCGUAACAAUAAACUAACGUUGCUGAUGCAGGACUCAUUGGGUGGAAAUUCAAAGACACUCAUGUUUGUGAACAUUUCCCCAGCAGAUUGCAAUGCUGAGGAAAGCAUCAGCUCUUUGGUUUAUGCAUCUCGUGUUAAGUUGAUAACAAAUAAUGCACAGAAGAACUCGGAGAGCAAAGAGAUAGCUCGACUGAAACAGGUUUCUCGAGCCUUCGGAAACUUGGCCGCAUACCACAUGGAAAGUGUAGGUGCUUCUUCAACACUGCUUGUCAGCCAGGAGGAGAAAGAGAGCUUCCCCUAA